AUGCACCACGCCGACGACAUGGCUGCCAAGGACCCCAUGGCCUUCGAGCAGGCCUCCGCAAAGGAGGAUGGCAUCACCGGCCAAGUCGAGGAUCCUCUCACUCACGCUGCCUACCGCAAAUUGGUGCACAAGAUUGAUCGAAGGUUGAUCACGACAUGCGGCUUCAUGUACUGUGUCAGUCUUGUCGACCGGACGAAUCUCGGCUCAGCGAACAUUGCCGGCAUGUCGAAGGACCUGGAGCUGACCGUUGGCUACCGCUACCUUCCGGCCACGGUCGCCUGUCGAAAGAUCGGUGCCAAGCUCUUCCUGCCUGGCAUCACGCUGGCAUGGGGCUUUCUGCUGGUCGGCUUCGGGUUCCCUCAGAAUUGGCAGACAAUGGUUGGACUUCGUAUCAUCCUCGGCUUGCUCGAAGCUGGGUUCCUUCCUGCCUGUCUCUUUCUCAUCUCGACCUGGUAUACACGAUACGAUCUGCAGAAGCGCAUCUCAUGCUUCUAUAUGAUCGGCUUCUUUUCGUCGGGCAUGGGUGGCAUUUUGGCCUAUGGCUUGAUGCAGAUGGAUGGACUCGGCGGUCUUGAAGGCUGGAGAUGGAUCUUCCUGAUGGAGGGCCUUAUCACUGUUGUCGUUGCCACCAUCUGCUAUUUCACCAUUGUCGACUUUCCCGAUCGCGCCCACAACAAGUCAAAGUUCCUGACCAAGGAAGAGUGCGAGAUUGUCAUGGACAAAAUCAACGCCGAUCGCAGUGACGCCGACGAAGAGGCGUGGGACUUCCGCAAGCUGAUUGCGUCCGGAAAAGAUCCUCUCAUUUAUGGCUACGCCCUAAUCUUCUUCGGCCUAACUGCCAUCACCUACGCCGUGGCGUACUUCCUCCCCAUGAUCCUCCGCGACCAGAUGGGCUUCUCUCUCGCUGCGUCCCAGUGCCUCAUCGCGCCUCCCUACUUUGUGGCCUGUCUGUACAUGUUUGCCACGGCCUGGAUCAGCGACAAGUACCGCAUCCGCGGCCCGGUCAUGAUGUUCAACUCGGUUGUCGGCAUUGCUGGUUUGGCCUUGAUGGGCUUCGCGUCCAACAGCGGCGCCGCCUACUUUGGCGUCUUCCUCAUCUGCUGCGGCUUCAACACCAACAUUCCCGCUUGCAUGACCUACCAGUCCAACAAUAUCCGCGGCCAGUGGAAGCGUGCCUUUUGCUCCGCGACCCUCAUCGGCUCGGGCGGUGUCGGCGGUGUCGCGGGUUCCCUCAUGUUCCGCAGCCAAGACGCGCCCGGGUACCGUCCCGGUAUCAUUGGGUCGAUUGCCUGUGGCUUCUUGGUGUUGUUCGUCAUCUUCUUCAACACGUGGUACUUUAAGCGGGAAAACGCCAAGGCAGAUAGGGGAGAGAAAAUACAGAAUCUUGCCCUCCUCCCACCAGACCCUCAGAUCAGCGCCCUCCUGCCCCCAAUCGAUCGACUGGCCAUUCACGCUGAGAUAGGACUUGGCCUCCCCCUCCGUCGUCCAGGUACUCUUCUUCGGCCGCCACACCUCAACCGCCCCGUCCCCCUCCAUGCCAACCUCGGCCCCGUCAACAGCCACGACCUCCCCCUGGCCUUUGAACGAAAAGCACCGCACGCCGCACGUCCGGCAGAAGAAGAAGGAGGUGUGGGCCUCGCCCGGCCCGCACGGCUGGUACGCGCCCAGCGCGCCGAGGUCCCGCGGCGCGAGCAGCGCAAAGUCGUCGGGUGGCGACGCGGGCCGCACGUGCAGCAGCCCGGCCUUGUGGCAGACGGUGCAGUUGCAGCGGUAGACGCACGGUUUGUCGGCCGGGGAGCUGCGCUGCGCGGGCGUCACAGGGUGGGCGGUCAGGGGGAGGGCGAGGCGAAGGACGUAGCGGGUUGCGCGGCAGUGGCAGGAGCCUGUGAGGGUUCUCAGCGCGCCCUUCCCAUGACGACGGCGCUCACUCCUCUUUAG